AUGCUUCUCAAAUCUAUCAUUUCAGCCGCCGUCGCUGCCACUUCUGUUCUGGCUGCCCCUCUCGAGGCCCGUGGCUCGGGUGUCUUCAGCCCUUCAGCUACCUGGCAGUACUCAACCAACAACGGCGCCAUCUCCGCUACUACAAGCCUCGUCGAGGUUUACAAAAACUCCGGCAAUGGUGGCAAGGACCAGACCGCGUUGGUGACAUUCACCUACCCUGCCGCCGCUCGUGGCAUGAAAUGCUGGUUCGAAUUCACCCUUCCCUCGACUGCCAGUCCUGCGGGCAGCAAGAAGCUCGACGUCUUCAGAAGCAGCAGCCCAGCGCCAGGCCCUACCAGCGGCUGGGGUCCCGGAAACCAGCGCAACAUCCAUUUGGGUCGCAUCUCGGUUGUCCCUGGGUCCAAGGCCACUUGGGACGCGACAUAUAACACCUACCUUACCGCCAAGACGCCCUGCAAGGAGCCAGGCACCCGGGAGGCCUUUGAGCUGGUUGGAGUCUACGACUUUGACUCUAUCAACUGGAACCCCACUACUGGCGAUGGCCUUCGCAUUGCUUACUCUCCUUAA